AUAAGAGCGAAAAUAUAAAGCGAACUAAUACGUGAUUGAGAAUAAGUGCAGUUUAAUAGUGUUUUGAAGAGGCAAUAGUUCAAGUGUAGAUUUUAACUCCUUACUAGCCGAUGUCAUAUAUUUUGAUCCACAAUCAACGUAGAUUUCCUGUUGCAGUGAUAACCCGUCAAGUGCCGUGUAUAAUUGAAUUGUGAAAUCGUGGUGUGUUAAUCCAUCACUCGAUGAAUCCACUGAUAUUAGUUCCACAGCUCAACUUCUCAUAUUCAUACGACGUUUUACUCAAGAUUUUGAAACCAAAGAAGUUGAUAUACUCAAUGUACUCUUGGAUGAGUGUUCAAAAACUGAUUUGGACUUAUCAAAAUUAUCUAAAGUUGCGCCUGACGGUGCUUCUUCGAUGAUAGGUGUCAAUUCCGGGCUAGUUACUUUGCUGACAAUGCAAGCAAAAACAUAAACGCUGAAGAACUCAUGCAGUUUCACUGCAUUAUACACCAAGAAGCCCUCUGUUCUAAAAAAGUUGAAUUUCAAAAUGUCAUGAAAGUGGUAGUUACGACUCUGUAAAUUUCAUAAAAUCACGAGGACUCAAUCACAGACAAUUCAAACAAUUCCUAGAUAACAUCGAAAGCGAAUACGAUGAUUUACUGUAUUAUACAGAAGUAAGGUAGCUAAGUCGUGGAAAUUGGAAAUAAAAUAAAAUAAAUAACAUUGGAACGAUUUCUAAAUUUAAUAGAAGAAAUUGGAAUAUUUCUGGCGGAAAAGCAAAGGGAUGUUCCGGAACUUAAGAAUCCUAAUUAAUUAUGUAAUUUGGCUUUUUUAGUUUGUUACAGGUUUAAUCUCCAACAGAUAUAAAUUGUUUUGCUUAACUAAUUCUCUUUAAAUUCAAACACAGAAAUAUUAAACAAUUAACUAAUAAAUUUUUUUGCCAUAAUUAAGUAAAUUUUAACCAUAGUUUCAUUAAAUAAUUUAUUUAAAAAUCAUAUAUAAAUAUAUAUACUAUACAGAUAUGAUACACCGUUAAGAUGAUCCGUCCUAACAUACCCGAUCUGAAACAGAAGGAAAACCAUUAUUGGAUGAGGAAAGUAAAUAAUAAUAUGGGAUUUUGUUUCAUAUUUUUGUUACUUGAAUAGCAUUAAGAAUUGUCAUUGAUUUUACCUUUUUUCAUGCAUACUAGGCAUAUUUUAAUUAUUUGUUUAUUUUGUUCAAGUCAUAAAAAUCAAUAUUGAUAACGAUGGUAAUGUCAGCAAUCUGGUCUGUUAGUUUUUUUGUAAAUCAUUGUUGCUAAACCAUGGCCUCAUGUUAUAAAUUGUUGGUUAAUAAAAUGUUGGUAUCAGAUAGUACCCAGUAGUUAAACCCAGCAUGUCAACACCUAGGUACUUGACAGAUUGCAUACCUUAAAAUCUGUAGAAAACUGACAAUCCUAUUUCAAUAAAUCAUUCUUUAUCUGGUUCUAGAGGCGUAAUUGAUAGAUUAUUUUCUUGGAAUUGAUAUGUAGAAAGGGUCACAGAUUUUAAAUUGAAUUUAGUAAAUUUGCUUAUUUAGAUAUCAUCACUGAUUUGAUUUGAAAUAGGGAACUGAGUAUAUACGUAUAUGCGAGAUAUUAUCAGAUUAAGUGCUAAUUUUACUUUAUUUUCUCUCAUAAUCUUAAAUUUUAUAAUUAUAAAUUAAGUUUUACUGUAUUUGCUUGCUUGCUUGCUAGGUUAUUGGCUCUGCUACUAGGCAAUCUGCAAGCACGAUUUGGAAAUUCGGGUAUCGGACCGUCGGGUAUGUACCCUGUUUCCCAAAUCGAUAACUUUCACAAAAUUUAAUACUUAAAUGCACCUUAUAGAAAACAUAAGGGGUAGGAAAGGGUCCAGGAAAGGAAUCUGAGGGAUAGGAAAGAAAAAUUAACGACCACGUGUUGACUAGGUGAAGGAUGACGCAGAAGUGUAUUUUUUUAUUUUUUUUUUAAAUUGAGGUUAUAGGUCAUUAGUUGUUAUUUAUGACAUUAAUUUAUUAUUAAUCAUAAUAAUCCUGGAAUCUCUAUUUAUUAAUUGUGCGAGAAACAGUGCAAUAAAUUGGGCGCCUAACAUGUCAGUUCAUGCUUUACCAAUUUUUUUUUCUUGUAAUAACUUUUCAUUUGAUUAUAUUAAACAUUGGCACUUAUUUUUGAUUAAUCAUUUACAUAUUGCUGUGAAGGUUGACUUUACCAUUCUUAUCUUAAUUUUUUUUUUACAUUUUCAUCAGUUCAGUGUUUCUUCUCAUUUAAAAUAAAAAAAAUAAAAAAAUUAUCAACACAUUUUAUUUAAGUUGGUGACCAAUUACCAAAAACCAAGGAAAUAUCUUCAGGUGUUGUAGGGAAUGAUAAAUGAUACAGGUGUUAUAGGAUAACAAGAUGGUGUGAAAUUAAAAAAAAAAUUUCUCUUGAAUAGAGGUAUUGUAAAAAUAUGUGGACUGUAUAAAAAAUUGGUGUAUAAUAUUGUGCCAGAACUGCCAAAAAUUAAGAGAUUCAAAAGUAAACAAAUUAUUUAUUUUACAUCGCCAUAAAAAAAAUACAAAUCAAGACGAUAAUAUAUAACAGUCUGUUCUAUUCAAAGUUCGCACACUAGGGAUGUGUCGUUCGUGAAUGAUUCGGUCAAAAUCGACCGAAUCUUUGCAACGACCCGCGACCCGUUUGAUCACUCUCUGCUAUCGUAUCGUUCAAAUGACCUUAAACUAAACUAGACCCCGGCCGCGGCCCGUUCAACGAUCGAUUAUUGUCAGAGAGCGACAGUCGCGGCCAAAUCGGGCCGAAGUGCCGGAACUGCCGGAAGUAAGCAAAAUCGCGGCAAACUACGAACAGGUCGCAAGUCGCAGGUGACCGAUGACCGAUGAGCUGUUGACUUGUGAUGUGAGUUAUGCUUGCCUGUUUUUAUAGUGUUUAUGACUUUGUGCCGGUCGGAGGUCGCGAUCUUUUUAUCUUUUUAAUUAUUUAAGUUCGCAGUUCGAUAUAGAUCGCAAAUUUUUGUUUCGUACCUACGUAGCAUCGUUUGCCAAAGUAUCGCUUAUUUAUAUAAGGUAUCGCGUAUUCGCGAUGGCUGAUAAAAACAAAAAAAGAAGUUUUGUUUGGAACUAUUUUGAUGAGCGAGGGUCAAAUCAAGCCAAAUGUAAUUUUUGUUCCAAAAUAUUGUCUUUUAAGGGCGGAGCGACAGGAAAUUUGCUACGCCAUUUAAAAACAGUUCAUCCGACUGCGCAAUUAAAUGCUGAAACCUCACGAGGUCCCUUACAUGUGGAAAAAGAAAAUGGAGUGAGCAACGUACUUUCCAGUGCUUCUACGUCAACUUCAACUGAUCAGUCAGCUAAAAUUCCUGAAGGAGUAGGGAAUGUUACUCCUUUACCAGUACCAACAUCAACUAAGACUAGUAAUGGACAUGGACGUUGCGAACAAACAACCAUUGAUUCGUUUACCAGGCGACCCUUAACUGAUAAAAAGACUCAACAACUUUACAACAAUUUGGUAAGACUUUUAGUGAAAAAUUAUUUGCCAAUACAAUUGGUAAAUAAUGAACAUUUUCAAUCGUUUGUUAAAAACUUUAAUAGCAAUUACCAAUUACCUUCUCGUAAGACUGUUUCCAAUACAUUAAUCCCGCAAUUAACAAACUUAUGUCAGGAAAAAGUAAGAAAUUUAUUGGAAUCUGCAACAGCUUUUUGUAUAACUACAGAUGCAUGGACCGCUUGUGUCAACACAAGUUUCAUUAGCAUUAUUGCACAUUAUUUUGCAGUCACUGAAAUGAGAUCUAGCUUACUAGAUUGUUACGAAUAUACAGAACGACAUAUUGCGGAAAACUUGUGUAGCGAAUUAAAAAGAGUUGUUCGCGAAUGGAAUAUUAAAAACAAAAUAGUAGCUGUUACUAGUGAUAAUGCGGCUAAUAUUACUGCGGCGGUAAGACUUACGGGGUGGAAGCACGUUCCAUAUUUCGCGCAUACCUUGAAUUUUAGCUGUUGUCGAGAUGCAAACUAAGAUAAAAAAAAUUGUAGAAUUUUUUAAACGCAGUACCCAAGCCAGUACUAAACUAAAGGAGAUGCAAAUUCACCUAGGUAAAUCUACCCUUAUAAUCUAAUCUAAUCUAAUCUAAUCUAAUCAAUGCUUUAUUAUCAUAAAAUUUAAAAUUUUGUCGACAAAGCUAUUAUUUAAAUAAAUCAUACAAACAAAAUAUACACAAAGACAAAACAAAAAAUACAAAUAUAUAAAAAUAAAAAAUACAACAAAACAUACAAAAAACUUAACAAUUUUAUAAAUUGUUUAGGUCACAUUUCCUUAAAAUCUAUAAAAUAUAUAUACAUUCACUUGUAUACAA